GGCCUAAGUCGCAGCCGAUUAGCCGACCUCGAGCCUUGUUUUUUUUCGCGAGGUCAAUCUGCUUCCGAUCCCGGUCCGACCAGUCGUUGUUCCGGUUCCGAUGCGGGAGAUCUGAGGGAUUUUCCAUGCCGACCUUGGCGGGCGCCGAGAUGAGGGAUUUUCUGGCAGGGCUCGAGCGCAGGAGGCAUUGGGCGAUAGAAGUGAGGUGAGGGAUUUUCCCUCCUCGCGGCUGGGAAGCGUGGCGUGGCGGGGAAGAGGGAAAUGCCUCAAAGGCACACGACAUCAGUGGUGCCGCUGACAAGCAGCAAGGUCUAGCUCCACACACAAUCUUCCACACGGCAUAGCCCUCAGACGUAUAUAAAGGAGGACCCUUGCCCGCUUACACGGCAAAGACCCACAACGACUUAACAGCUACUCUCACCACUACCCACCUCCCACACCAAACACAUACUCACAAUGGCUUGCGCUUGUGCCAACACUGCUUCCUCCGGCUCCACCUGCUCUUGUGGCGCAGGUUCCUGCAGCUGCUCCCCCGGCUCCUGCAGCUGUUCCGGAUGCCCCAAUGGCUCCAAGGCACAAAUCAAGGGCACCGUCUGCUCUUGUGGCGGUGACCAAGGCAACUGCCCUUGCGAGGCUGGAAAGUGCGCUUGCUCCUCGUGCGGCAAGAGUGGACCCAAGGACCUCUAAGCGACGUGCCCUCAGAUGCA